AUGUAUGAGAAUUUGUCGAAAGCGGCGCAUAUAAAUUCAACGCUGUGCACAACGGAAUCGACACAUGGUGUUCGAUUCAAUAGUGCGUCCAUAAAUUCCGUCACCAUUUCGUCGACAGUGGUGAAACGAAGGCCAGCGCCGCAAAUCACGGUAGCGAGCGCCCCACAAGUCCUAUCGCCGAAGAGACUGUGCACGACUCCACUGGCCGGUGGAGCAACGAUUCCGGCCUUAGGUAGCUGUCUGGUAUCUGCACAUCCACCGGCUUCGGCUGCCGCCGCCGCAGCCGCUGCAGCCCUGUUGCAACACCACCAAGUCCAGGCGGCCCAGCAUCAGUUUCAACAGCAACAACAGCAGCAUCAGCAGGCUCGGCUUCAGAGCCAACACCAUCAGCUGUUAGAAUCGACCGGAGGAAACGUUCCAACCUCGGUGCAGCAACAGCAGCUAGUGUCACUUCCACUAGCAAUCUCAACCAACAGUCAGCAACCAAUGUUUACAUCACCAAUCGUUGCACAGUCCAAUCCGGCUGUCAGUACACAGUCCAUCAACGGUUCACUCAACGUGAACGUGGCCAACAAUAACCACAACCUCGGACAAACGCAGAACAGUCUCGGCAACACAACGAAGAUGGACAACUCGAUGGGACAGAUGACACCGAUGGCCCCACUGGCACUUUCUCAGAGCAUGGAUUCAGUCAACACCGCCAGCAAUGAAGAAGAGGUGCGCACCUUAUUCGUCAGUGGACUGCCGAUGGAUGCAAAGCCCAGGGAAUUGUACCUGCUGUUCAGAGCCUACGAGGGCUACGAAGGAUCGCUGCUGAAGGUUACCAGCAAAAACGGCAAGACAGCAUCGCCAGUGGGCUUUGUCACGUUCAGCACACGUUCCGGCGCCGAGGCGGCCAAACAGGAUCUGCAGCAAGGUGUACGCUUCGAUCCUGAUAUGCCCCAAACAAUACGCUUGGAAUUCGCCAAGAGUAACACUAAAGUGAGCAAACCAAAACCACAACCUAAUACAGCGGCCACAGCUGCACAUCCUGCAUUGAUGCACCCACUUACUGCUGGACACCUAGGUACUCCGUUUUUUCCUGGGAGCCACGAGCUAUGGCAUCAUCCGUUAGCAUUCUCGGCAGCCGGUGGUGAACUGCCCAGUGCUGCCGCCUUGCAGCAUGCGACCCUCGUUCAUCCGGCACUGCAUCCUCAGGUCCCGGUACGGUCCUACCUCUGACUAAAUACGGACAAAGUCCUCGAGCAGCAGCAAAUGCACCAACAACAAAUUCAAAUGCCACAUCCAACAGCAAUACAUCCAGCAUCGAUGCAUGUUUCGGCCGGAUUACCAGCGAACCAUUUUUUACCAAGU